AUGCGCCUCUCCGUGUCCAAGUCCACAGCCCGCAUUGGACAAGUCGAGAUCCGAGGCGUCCAGCAAGUCGUCGAGUUCGAGGCCAGAGACCGCCAGCCCAGCAGAAGAACGCGCCAUGGCCAGCAGCCAACCCAGGCCGUCUCUCCCGAGGCCAUCGACGCAGUUCAGUCCAGGACGGCCAUUGUUGUCCCGUGCAAGGACGAGCCUGUCGAUCGAAUCAUCAGCGUGUGGGCUGGAAUCCCGGCAGGCAGCCUCAUAAUCUUGGUCUCAGCAUCUGCAGAGUACAGGUACGCCCGUGAGAGGGACGCGCUGGCCAGGUUCUGCCGUGACACGGGACGGGACGGCAUCAGCGUCCACCAGCGCGACGGCCAGCUUGCCAAGGCCCUGAGUGAGAUCGGAAUGACGAGACUGCUGGGCGAUGACGGCCUCGUCCACGAGGGGAAGGGCGAGGCGCUGGUCAUCGGGAUCGCUCUCGCUGCUGCUGCACCAGGCCCGGAGGCUGCCGACAGUAGAGACCCUUCUGCCCACACCCGCACUCACCAGCAGUGCCACGGCCACAACAAGAACGGAGAGAGAAAUGGCAGGAUCAACGGCCAAGAGACAAAUGUGCGGUGUAGCCACGACUGCCCGCGUGGCACCAUGAACGGGUGCGGACAGCAAUUCCGCGGCGCCUGCGCGGCCAGAGACAGCGGCAUUUGCCGUAACAAGCAAUCUCGUGGCUAUGCAGCCAGGGACGGCGGUAGUACCAGCUACUACAAGUACAUCGGCUUCAUCGACGCAGACAACUUUGUCACCGGCAGUGUCUCGGAGUACUGCAAGGCCUUCAGUGCCGGGUUCCACCUCGCUUCAGCGCAGGAUGCCAUGGUGCGUAUCAACUGGGGCAGCAAGCCGAAGGUCCACAACGGCAAGCUCGUCUUCAAGACCUCGGGCCGGAGCAGCGAGGUCGUGAACCGGCACUUCAACCAACUCCUCAACCAGCUCGAGAAAAGGGGAACUUGCACCUUCAGCGGCGAGGCCUGCGAGCGCAUCGAGAACGACCACGGCGACAUGGAACUGCACCACAUCUGCACUGGCAAUGCGGGCGAGCACGCAAUGACCAUGUCGCUAGCGCUGAAGCUGAACCUAGCAGGCGGCUAUGCCAUUGAGCCCUUCCACUUCCUCGACAUCUUUGAUCGCUUCGCCGGCGACCACAAGGUCAAGUCAGCCCCUGCCUCCCUGAUGCGGGAGCCGCAUUCGGCCCUCUCCACAGUAUCCUCGUCGCCAUCGUUGACCCCUGUUGGCACUUCACCCUGCUCGUCUCCAAUUUCGGAGCCAACCACGGCUACUUCUCUGUUUCCUGUCUCGUCUGAGGCUGCUGCAUCGGCUGUUGACCAGAGACUACUGGCCUACGGCACGGAGACGCCUACGGCUCCCCCCAAGGUACAGAUCCUCCAGAUCCGCACCAUGAACCCACACUUCCAUGACACCAGCAAAGGCGAAGCCCAUAUAAUUCGCAUGUGGAUGCAGGGCCUCUCGGCCAUGUACCACAGCCCAUUGGCAGAAGAUUUUACCGAGUUCAAGGACGGGCUGUGGGAGGCGAUCCUGGCAGGGGGAGUCAAAAUCGGCGGCGGUCCUAAGUAUGACUCCUUCCCACCCACCCCACCGCUCACCAACCCGUGCUCGACAGGUUCUCCCUCCGACCAAGGUACAAUAAAUUCCAAUAACGCAAACCUCGCGCCUGCGGAGUGCAGGAUCUAUCCGGCCGCGGAAGAAUUUGACCUGGCCAUGCUCAGGGAAAGACUACUGCGCGACAGCACGCUCUUCUGGUGGUCAGGCGACCUUGAAGAGGAGACGCUGGAAGACGAAGACCGGGUUGAUUACCACCUCCAGGACAUCGCUAGUGCUAGCGGCGUCACCAGCGACGAACCUGUCCAAGAAAUGCGGCCGCAGCGCCUGCUUAGGAGGGACUCGGGCGUCGACUUUGGCAUGGACGGUGCCGACCAGGCAGAAUUCACCGAGGAUGCUGUCCCCGACUUUGACCUGGGCGAAUCUCCCUCCACAAAGAGCCGGCUAGAUACGGUGGAACAUGGCUAUUGUCUUCGAGAACCAACAGCAAUCACAACCACAACGCCGUCGCCGUUAAAAUACGCCCGUGUUUGA